CCAAAGUGUCGUUUUAAUUGGGCCUAGAUCGUACAGUUGGCAGGGUGUGUUGGAUCUCCCUCCGAUGAUCAUCAUCAUGAUCGGUGAAUUGGUGGCGGAUAUUCCGUGCCUGGACCAAUUGGCCUGGUCAAUAGUCAAAAGUCAAAUAAUUUUGAAGAUCGACAGCCAACAAGCAAGUUCACCUCGUUCACUUAUUACUUCCCCCGACCUCAGCGCCGUCUUCUUAAAUCUUCAACAAUCUUGAUCAAUCCCCUCAGAUCAUACAUUGUCAAUUCUUCCAAGAUGGCAGUCACAUUAAAGGUUACAAAUCGCUCUCCCAAAAACCCCAUCAAACGUCUUCCUACCUCGAUUGAUAUCGACGAAACGACCACGGUUCAAGAUGUUAAAGAUAAAUUGGCUAAGCAAGCCGGCGGCUGGGACCCCAAUAGAUUUGGUAUCUUCGAUCCAGAACAGAAGAAGAUCUUGAAAGACAGGAAAGCAUUCAUUUCUCAACAUAAAGAAGUGAUCACUGGGAAGGAAAUCUUGAUCAAGGACCUAGGUCCUCAAUUAGGCUGGCGUACCGUCUAUAUAAUCGAAUACCUCGGUCCUAUCUUAAUCCACCUUGGAUUUCCCCUCCUCCGCCCUUAUAUCUACUCUCAUCCUACCACCUCCAUUGCCCCCCUCUCGAGUUCUCAGCUGCUCUCAAUGUCACUCAUAGUUCUUCAUUUUCUUAAACGCGAAUAUGAAACCGUUUACGUUCACCGUUUCUCCCUGUCUACAAUGCCAGCUAGAAACAUCUUCAAAAACUGCGCUCACUACUGGCUUCUUAGCGGUCUCUACAUCGCCUACUUUAUAUAUGCCCCCUCAUCCUACACUGCCCUUUCAUCCCCGAAAAUUGACUACCUGAAUAUGGCUGGAGUGGCUCUAUAUCUCUUUGGCGAGCUUUCCAAUCUCAAAACUCAUCUUACUCUCUCGAACCUUCGCUCGCCGGGAGGGACUGAACGUGGAAUUCCUCAGGGGUACGGAUUUUCCAUGGUAACAUGCCCUAAUUAUUUUUUUGAGACUCUCGCGUGGAUUGGUAUGAUCUUGGUGACUAAGAGUUUGAGUACGGUCAUUUUCGCUAUCGUUGGAACAGCACAAAUGCAGCAAUGGGCCGUCAAGAAGGAGAAGCAAUACCGUAUUGAUUUCGGCGACAAGUACAAGAAGAAGAGAAAUGUCCUAUUUCCUACCCCAGGAGCCCUCAUCAAGGAACUUACUGGUUAA